GCGUAAGACUAGCCACGAAGAAUGUAUUAUCACAAGUAACUGUCAACUUUAUUGCCAAGCAUACUUGUACCAAAACAAAAGGCAUUUAUAUGCACCACACCCCACAGGAAGAUUCAAAUGGUCCACCCCUUAGGCCAAGGGGGGCUGGGGGAAAGUAGUAGUCGCUCUAUGCUUGGGAAACCAGAGUUGAGAAGUGGCAGCUUGGGAAUUGUGUUGAACAUUUUUUAUGUCUUCUCCGUUGUAGUUGCUUCACUAAUGUCCAGCUUGCAUCAACUAAAAGCCGACAAUUCGCGUCUGGAGGAACGUCUGGCUACCCUGACAACCAGGAAAAACCAGUUACUACAGGUGAAUGCUCGACUGGCCACUCCCAUGUCCUGUACGAGUACCAGUUCUACAGCCACACCGGUCUCCACCAAGCAAUCGACUUUGAAUACCCCCGGCGGUGUAACGGCCUCCUCGCAAGGCUCCUUAUCGACCGAGACCAAAACUACGGUGAGCGGUGGUGGCCCACGAGGGUCCGUAAGUGCCGGUUCAGAUGGGGCGCCAAAAAUAGAUGUCUCCCCGAGCACAUCAGAGGGGAAGGUCAUGCUGAGCUCUAGCGUUAAACCAGCGAGUAGCGUCGCUGGUGAGCGAAGGAUUCCAAACGGGGAUGCCAAGAGCGGCAAGGCUAAGGAACUGCAAAACAAACGACCGGAGACGAAUUUAAAUACUGUGUUUUCGUCGUCUUCUGCGUUUCAGAAACAGCCUAUGAAAGUUAACAGCUUGCUUGUGCAGUCGCCGAAGACAACCUUACCUCAACAGACGCUUACAGCUCAACUUGACAAAGACAAACAACAGAAGCAAACGCCUGUGAACGCUUUAGCCCAAGUUAUAGUACCGGCUCAGCCCGCCUCCAAAACAACACAACAACAACCACAACUGCAGCAACAACAACCAUUACAGGCGCGCUUUCAACAUCAGCAUAAGAUUAUCCUCCCUCAACCUUCACCCACAACCCAGGGGUUUUCAUCGCCUUCCUUCUCACCGCAGCCGCAGCAAACAGCCAGCCAGCAGCAUGUACUCUUACAACUCAUUCAACAGCAAGAUGAUAGUCAUCGCUUAGUGGGUCAGAAUUCCGCCUUCAGCCAUGACAAAGCACAGUUAGGUUCGCAGCCAGUGCAGACCCAAAAGCUGUUGCCUAGCUCGGUCCCUAACCAACCGUUUUCGGCGCAUUCCCUGUCUCUAUCGUACCCGGGUGCGUUUUUGACCUUCAGUGAUCCAAUGGGCUUGAGUGGGCCCCGGGUGGACAUGAUGAAGGCCACGCAUUUAGCACCACUUCAAAUGGUCUCGCUGGACAACAGUCAGACGGGUCCCAAGGAACGUUCUCAGGUACGUGUCAGUGAUGCAUCCUUCCGGAUCGGAAUCAAUAUCAACAACUCUUUUUUUUUUUUUCUUUUUUAUUUAUUUAACAAACAGACAGCUAGCGAAUCCUCUCCAUCCUGCGAAACCAGUUAUUAGGGACCUUAAGAUACGAGGACGGGAAGGCCAGGACGGCAACGGCAGUGGACGCGGGAAAUUUUCGCGGGUCCCGUAGUGUCGCCAAAAACAAAAUGCUUA